AUGCAGCGAAACUACCGGCGAAUGCGAGAGACUCUUUUCGAUCUUUACACCGAACGCGAUACUCUGCCGUGGUACUUCAGGACUAUUGCCAUCGCUGCCUCCUGGCUCGCUCUCGGCGGAUACAUUGUAUUCUCGCUCGUCUUCACCUCUGCCGAGGAGAACAUCAAAGUCUCACGUACUUUCCUGACGGUCCUCGCCGCAGUGCUCCUUAUUCUCGGUUAUGGCGCAAUCACAGCAAUCGGAUAUUUCAGUCGCAGCCUGCUCUUUCUCUUCGAUGCCGUUCUGCUUCCGAUUUUGACCUCUUCGUUUAUGGGCGUCUUCGUUACAGUUGUGAACCAUGCUCUUCACAAAAGGUUCCCGAUUCCGACCCAGGUUUACAUCUACGUACCAUUGGUCAUUGCCUGUGCCACCACAAUUGGGACCGGAGUGCUCAGUUAUAUCACAUUCAGAAAGUUAAGCAAAAUUAAGGAGUUGGACAGACAGAGGAGGCAACAUGUUCAAAGAUGGGAUAGAAGCUCCUAUGUCAGCUACGGAGAUGCAGCCUCCACGACAGAACUAAUCCCAAUGAACCGCUGGACUCCGAACAACAUCCCUGAAGAUGAGGCACAACGGCGGCAACUUCUCCGACUGUUACUCACUCGAGAUUCGGCCGAGUCACCCAAUCACCGAAACUCGCAGAGCACCUACCACAUCACCUUGCCAGGCGAAGAUGUGGGAUCUGACGGUUUGGAGGUGGUCCAGCCUGACACGCGACCCCGUAGCGGCAGUCUCCCAGCAAGCACCGGCAAAUGGCAGAUCUUAAACAAGCUCUCAAGAGAUCGAAGCCCGACGACCGACAACGGAGCUUCCAAGAAUCUUCGAGAACGACGGCGGGAAGAGAUUGAGAGGUCAUCGGUCCUCCUGACACCUGGAACUGAGCCCGGUACAUGGCCACACACUCCAGGGUCGUCACCCUCUCAGACGGUUUCUUAUUCCCCAAACCCGGUCUGGACAGGGUCGACGAGAUAUGCAUAG